ACUCUGUUCCCAUGGCUCUUACUGACCAGAGACAGAAAACUAGCAAUGCGAAGGGAGCUGAAGGAACUUGAGUACGAGAGAAUAGCCUCUUUGCAUUGACACACACUCACCUUGGACCUCGGAAAGUUUUAUUUAUUUUUUGGAUGAUGAACCGGACUGCGCCUUGGUUUUGAGAACUGUUGCGGGUGAGUGGAAGUCGCCUUUUACCUUGGACCUGGACCUGUUAAAUCUAAAAGUUACACAUCUUUUCAGUUCAUGGGUUUAAAUUACUACAUGGACAAUUUCCUUUAUUCUCGGGCUGAGAAAUUGUGAGGGAUCUCCGGUCGCAAGUGUAGGGGACUCAACAGCGCUCAGUCACUUACUGACAAGGAAACCGUUUCAUGUUGGGCCCAGCUUGUGAAAAGAAAAUCUUCCUCUGUUUGGAAUCUCAUCUUCCUGUCCAAUACUUGGGAAUAUGGUAGAAAACUUAUCUGGAAUUCUGAGGUGAAAUGAUAAAGGAAGUGAAUUACUAUCAAAAAGUUUCCAUAGCCCUGUCGCUGAUUGUGUCCAGCCUGGCGGUGUCUCAGCACUCUGUGGAACACAGAAAGGUCCCCCAUAGGAUAGAGGCCCAGCAGCAUGCUCCCGAUGGUGAUAGGGGAUUGUCGGGCUCCUGGGGCCGCUGGGGCCCGUGGACAGCGUGCUCGCGCUCCUGUGGAGGAGGAGUAAUGGAGCAGACCAGGCCCUGCCUGCCAGCGUACCGCUCUGAAGGGGUAGGGUACCACCAUAGCACCCCGCCGCUCCCCCCAGACAGAGUUGUGUCUGCCCUGCGCCCCUCUGUCCCGCUGCAUCGUGAGGGCGUCCGGCCCACACGCUCCAAUGGCACCCAGCACAGGAGAGCAGGAGCAGCAAGGGGAGGGCGAUCUCAGGAACGCAGACCUGACCACAGAGGGAGAGGUAGCGGGCGGAUUGUUCCAGGGAAGUAUGGGUAUGGGAAGGUCCCCUACAUCCUCCCUCUGCAGACUGACGCAGGGCAGGACCCCUCCAGAGACCAGAGUCGGAGGAAGCGUCAGGCCCCUCAAGGUUACCCCAGGAGGAGGGGGCAAAGCCAGGGGUACAGCCAACAACAACCCUACCCAGGAUCCUACAGCGGCUACCACACAGGCCCCCCGCAUCACCACCUCAACCUCUACCAAGACAGUCUGACCAGGCCACAGUCAGCUGGGACCUCUGUUUACCAGCAGAGUCUAUACCCAGGGAAUAACCCCUCCAUCCACCUGCCUGCUUCUCAUGGAACUCCCAGCUCGUCGUCUUUCAUGUGCGUGGGAGCCUACAAGCAGUAUAAGAUAUGCAACACUGAGGCGUGUCCACCAAAUGGACGCAGUAUCCGUGAAGUACAGUGUGCCUCCUACAACAACCAGCCCUUCAUGGGCAAAGUCUACGAGUGGGAGCCCUUCACCGAGGUGCGAGGGGAUCAGCGCUGUGAGCUAAACUGCCGGGCGCUGGGCUAUCGCUUCUACGUGCGGCAGGCUGAGAGGGUCAUCGACGGGACGCCAUGUGAUCACAACGAGUCGUCCAUCUGUGUGGCCGGCCAGUGCAAGAGCCUCGGCUGUGAUGAAUACCUGGGCUCAGACAAGGUGAUGGACAAGUGUGGGGUGUGCGGGGGUGACAACACAGCCUGCAAGGUGGUGUCGGGGGUCUUCAAGCACACCCUGAUGAAAGUGGGCUACCACAAGGUGGUGGAGAUCCCUGAGGGGGCUACCAAGAUAAACAUCACAGAGAUGAUCAAAAGCCGCAACUACCUCGCACUGCGCACUCGGUCUGGGCGCUCCAUUAUCAAUGGCAACUGGGCAAUCGAUCGACCAGGGAAGUACGAGGGCGUGGGCACAAUGUUCACCUACCGGCGCCCCAACGAGAUCAGCAGCACAGCUGGGGAGUCCUUCAUCGCUGAGGGGCCCACCAGCGAGAUCGCUGAUGUCUACAUGAUAUAUCAGCAGCCGAACCCUGGAGUCCACUAUGAAUUCAUUCUGCCAGUAGAGAAUCUAAUCAGCACCCAGCUCCCUGCCGACAGGAGGUCCGGGGACCCCCUAAACGGUCAGCUAGGGGUGUUGGACAGCAGCAACCCCAACAGAGAAGAGUACGAGAGCCCACACAGCCAGGGCGGGGGGGAUUAUCCAGGCAGGAACCCCAAAAGCCAUGUCCCUGCAGCCCUCCCACCCAAGAGGCAGCGGGAUUACAACUGGAAACAGGCCGGCACCACCGAGUGCACUGCCACCUGUGGCAGAGGUUCCCGGUUUGUGAUCUUCCGCUGCGUACACAGAGUGAGCCAUGAGGAGGUGUCAGACAGUUUGUGUGACACCGGGUCCAAGCCCAGCGCUGAGGAAGAGCCCUGCAAUGUCCAAGCCUGUCCUGCCUUCUGGGACAUCGGCGAGUGGUCAGAGUGCAGUAAGACUUGUGGCUUGGGGAUGCAGCACAGGCAGGUUCUGUGCCGGCAGGUCUAUGCAAACCGCACCCUGACCGUGCAGCCAAACCGCUGCCAGCACCUGGAGAAGCCCGAAACCACCAGCACCUGCCAGCUCAAGAUCUGCAGCGAGUGGCAGAUCCGCACUGAAUGGAGCUUGUGUUCAGUGCCCUGCGGUGUGGGUCAGCGCUCGCGGGAGGUGCGUUGUGUCAGUAACGUGGGAGACUUUGUGGACGAUGAAGAGUGCAACAUGAAGCUGAGGCCCACCGACAUUGAGAACUGUGACAUGGGGCCCUGCGCAAAGAGCUGGUUCUUCACAGAAUGGGGGAACAGGUGUUCUGCGGACUGUGGAGUUGGAGUCCGGUCCCGAUCUGUGCUGUGCAUGACCAAUCACAUAAGCAGCCUCCCCCUGGAGGGGUGUGGCCAUGAGCGCCCCGCAGAGGUCAUGGCGUGUAAUAAUGGCCUCUGCGAAAGCCGAGUGCAAUGGUUCACAGGCAGCUGGAGUCAGUGUUCUGCAGAGUGUGGCAGUGGCACUCAGCACAGAGAGGUGGUAUGUCUUCGGAAAUCAGAGGACAGCUUCACAGUCUUGCAGCCCUUCGAGUGUCCCUCUCUAGAACGACCACCGAACCAGCAAACCUGCAACUUUAAAGCCUGCGGCGCUAAGUGGUACCACACAGACUGGAGCUCGUGCUCCAAGUCGUGCGAGGGUGGGUUUCGAGUCCGAGAGGUGCGCUGUCUUUCUGACGACAUGACACCCAGUGACCACUGUGAGGCCCAGCUCAGGCCUGACGAGAGGGAGACGUGUAACACCGAGCCCUGCGUACCUGAGAUAGAUGAGAACUGUCGAGACAAUUAUUUCAACUGCAACGUGGUGGUCCAGGCCCGGCUCUGUGUGUACAACUACUACAAAGCUGCCUGCUGUGCCUCCUGUACCCGUGUGGCCAAUCGACAUCCAGGAUUUCUGGGGCGCAGAUAACACCCGCCCCCUACAGGCACACUCUAUCCCAGCAGCCACUUCUCUACAGUCCUGCCUGCAGCGUGACCCUAGAUUUAGACCAUGGCUUGUCCAAAAGAGACAGCGGCCCCAUUCCUCUGUGCAGUAACCAGGCCAGAAUCCCAUCCCUCAUCAAUACACAGGCAAAUGGCACACAACAUCCCUGUGAUGCUUAUAAACCCCUUUAAACAAGACUUCAGGACCAGGACAAAGCAUUCUCAUUGAGAGGAUACUGAAGACGUUUGGUUUGUCCUGCAUUUUCACUGGUUUGGAAGCAACAUGCAUCCUUAUUGGAUGUGCGGGUAUUCAGUUUAACAUUGGGCAUUCUGAUUGGACGAGAGAGUUAAAGCAUUAUAUCCAUCCCAUAGUAUACUACUUUCGAAUUUGAUGAAAGGAUGUAAUGUACUGUUAAUAGAAAUAUGACAGGGCCAUGAUAAGUAUUCAUUUACACCUUUGAGUGGCUUUGUAUUAUCAUUUGUGUGUUUUUCAAUCAUGUAAGCAUAGGGAAUGUCCUCUUACAGUAGGUUUGGAAGUUUGAUUAAAAGCACCACUGAACAGGGAAAUCAUAUAGAGCUACUGUAUUUUUGAUUGAACUCAUCCUUUUUUUCCAUCCAUUAAUGGUCCUUAAGCUCCCUUGUCUAACAGGGACAGCAGCUAGUGGAUUGAUGGUACAGAAGCAGCUGGACUUCAAGUCAAAUAUGGAAUGUAUUUUUUAUACCUAUAGAAUAUCUCAUUUGGCUUAGCUUCAGAAUGCUGCAGUAUACAUGUGAAUUAUGAACUAACUUACACAGUACAUUCCUGAAUGAAUACUUCUUUUGCACUGUACAACCAAGCCACGUCUGGGCCUCACCAGGAGGACCCUGGUUGUGUUUCCACUGCAGAACCCGAGCCGUGCUGCUGAUGUCACACGCAGUGAACGCGUCCAGUCGCAUGUAGAUGAUGCUGUAUUAAGAGGCGCUUAAUUUGAGUUGAGAAUGGUAGAUCCAGAAGUUUCUUUGUUGACGUUCUUCAUAUAUUAGUGAAUACAACUGAGCGUCCUCAGCUUCCCAAUGCUGUGCCAUAUUGUUCAUCUUCCUCAAGUGCAUUGAGUGAUGCAGCGUAUUGAUGAAAAUCAUUAACCCCGCCCUGACCCUGAUCGUCCCCAUGAGUCACAUUCAGAUGUGUUGUGAGGACAAAGUUUCACGGUUUGGAUCUCGCUUGGCUUGACAAAUAGCCAGUGUCCUUACAGCUCGGACAUGCCUGUGGAAAAGGGGUAUCCGAUUUAUAUCAUUACUUUUUACAGACCCUAUAACUGAACACAUCACCUACACACACACACGCUACAAAAUACAAAACUUCUUGUUCUUAUCUGAAUUUUUUUUCUUGUAAAAAAAAAACUUCAAACGUUAAAAAUCUGUCUGUAAUUCUUAACUUAUUUUUCAAUAAAUAUAAAAACUUAAAUUGAAAAUAAACCUCAGACCCCGACAGCUGGUAAGUGUAUGGAUAUUGUAAUGAGGGGUACUGAUUUGAUGAUAAGAGACUGGUUGAGAGACUAGUCUCCAACUGAGACUGGCCAUAACAAGUAGCAAACCUUAAGACAUUUCGAAUAAACAAAAACAUUUGUCAACUAUCGGGAUGUAUGACUGCAACUGGUGGCAAAUUCAACUCAGUUUUCAGCACAUAACUUUGACUCACAGCGGUAACGUGCCUGUGGGUGGCAGUAACGUGCCUGUGGGUGGCGGUAACGUGCUUGUGGGUAGCAGUAACGUGCUUGUGGGUUUGGUUGUACUGCUCAGGCGGUCUAGUUGAGAAUUCAAUACCAACAACUACUGUAACUAUGUUUAAUACUAGUAACUAGCUUUCUGUGAUGAAAAAUCUAAAUUCUCUGAUAAACAUUUUUUAGUCACACUGUGUAUAAAGGAUAACAUGAGAGAGAGAGAGCUAGAGAGAGAAUGAAUGAAUGAAUGAAUGAAUGAAUGAAUAUAUUAAUAAAAGGUGUUCUGGACAUACUUUAUCACAUAUUAGUAAUAGUAUUAGAAUCUGGGGGGUCUAUGAUGACCUCUGGUUGUAUGUCACAGUGGAUGUAGGUUGUGGUGAAAAAGUGCCUUGUUGCCUCCAGCCUUGCUUCCAUCUGAGAUCUGAGAAGAUCAACUCCGAGGUGGCCUGGCUGUACCCCACUAAAAACACAGUGCAUCGUAGUUUAAAAAAAAUGGAACCUAACAAGCAAGAUGUAUGGAUUCAAUCGUUACACAGUACUUCAAGGAAGGCCUUGACAUGAUUGGCCAUACCCUACUAAAAUACUCGCAGAAUCUGUAAUUGCUUUACUUUCCACUUAUUAAGCAAAUAUAAUUUAAUUGGUUAAUAUAUAUAGUUUGAGUACACUUGCUGGAAACUAGUUUUUUUUCAUAAUUGACAAUGUUUUACGUCAUACACGUUUCUGUA